AUCAACCUUGACAAACACUUUUGCUUCCUCAAAGUCAAUUGCCUCUUAUCAAAUAUUUGGUGUGGAUGGGCUGCAAUUGCCUCUUAUCUUCCACAAAGGACAGACAAUGACAUUAAGAACUAUUGGAACACUCACUUGAAGAAGAAACUCAACAAAGCCAAUCAAGAUUCUCAUCAACAACCUGAUCAAUCAAGAGACAAUUCCUCACUCUCUUCUUCUCCAUCGUCUUCCUCUGCUAAUUCCAAGUCAAACAUCGCAAGAGGCCAAUUGGAAAGAAGGCUUCAAACCGAUAUUUACUUGGCGAAGAAGGGUCUCUCUGAGGCUUUGUCUCCUGCAGUAUCAACGAUAAUUACAUUGGCGGCCACUACGACAGCAACAUCUUCUUCUGCUGAAUCAAGACGUUCUAUUUCCUCAGCUAGGGGGGUUCUUCGGGUGCAAGAAACAUCUACCACCUAUGCCUCAAGCACCGAGAAUAUAGCAAAACUGCUCAAAGGGUGGGUGAAGAACUCUCCAAAGACUCAAAACUCUCCGGAUCGAAGGGUAUCUCCAGAUUCUAUGACAAAAGAAGUGAUCAAAAGUGAUGUCGAGAAGGACUAUGCAGGACCAUUUCAAUCAUUUUCAGGGUUCGAUCACUUGAAAGAUUGUGACUCGGCUGGAGUUUCACCUGAUCAUGAGACCAAACCAGACAUAACUGGAUGCAGUAACCAAAGUCAAUGGUCUUUGUUCGAGAAGUGGCUGUUUGAGGAUUUUGGUGGACAGAUUGGUGAUAUAUUACUGGAUGAAAGCCCUAAUUUCUUCUGA